AUGGCGCUGAAUUCUGAACUUUCUCAAGAGGUAGGUCUAGAACUCACUGGAAACUCUCGAGAAAAUGGAGGCAAGACAAAAUCUAGGGAUGACUUGCACGAUCCUUCCCUACCACCGGAAACAACCGCCUAUUCACUACAAAGUCAGAAGCCACAUUACAAGCUGUUUAAGAAGUCAAAUCUGAUGUACGGUUUACCAAUGACAUUUGAGGGGAACCUAGGCUCCGUAACCGUCAUGGCUGUGCCUGAUAGUGGCUCGGAUCAUAAUGUGAUGUCCCUGGGACUGGCACUUCACCUAGGAAUGAGACUGGAAUGGAGUGUAGCCGAGAAGACGGAGCUUAUCUUUCUGGAUGGUAGUGCGGUAAUACCUACAGCCCUUGUUCAUGCGAGCUGCAGAUUCGCGAGGACGUUCUCUUUCGAUUGGAAAAUGCGUUGCACAUUUCUUGUGCUACCUUCUUUGAUUGAAGACCUCAUAAUAUCUGCUUCCUUUCUUGACAAGACAGCAACUUUCACAAUGUUCCGCAACCGUCUUGUCCAAAUGUCGCUCAAAACACCGGGAACGCUCAAGAUUUGUACCAUGGGUGCUAUAAAUCGACGGUUGACAUGCUGCAUAGACGGAGAGGCAAUAGCAGCACUUCCCGACAGCGGUUCUGACGUUGAUGUUAUUUCCCUCGCUUAUGCGACGAAGCGCAAAUUCAAGUGGGAAAAUACUUUGCAGGAAGUCGUAUUUGCUAACGGGAGAACUAAGAUAGCACGUGGAAAGUUUGUUGCUCAGUUAUCGCUUGGCUCAUCCGCGCGGCUGAUUAAACUCAAGGAAGAUGCCGAUGCAGAUGAGUUUGCAGACAAUGAAAGAGGGACAGGGGAUUUGAUCGAUGGUGAAAUCAAUGUUCAACCACUGAGCGCGCAAAACACAAAUCGAGAUGAUACACCUGUUCAGCGCGUCAUAAACACGACAUUCUAUAUACUGGAUGGAAUUACCGUUGACGCACUCAUUGGAGCAAAGUCGAUUGAAUCUUUACAAGUCUAUACUCAUCACACCCAACAUAUAACCAUACAAACGAAAAGAGACAUUGAAACCUUCAAGAUAUGUCGCAUUGCCCUGUCGAGCAAGAUACGCAGCAAUGCUAAAAUCAUUGUCACCAGUUCGAGACAGACAAGAUCCGAUGGAUUACCUCGCCCAAACCUCGAAGCACAGCUGAACGAAGCGGAACAGCAAGAAAACUCUCGCAGAGAAGAAUCAAGUCGGGUAGCUUCACUGCUAACCGGUGACGCAAAGGCAGCUUUUGAUCAUAGUGAACAAGAUAGGAGGAGGGCUUUCGAAGAGUACAGAUCUUCCCUAUUACGAAAUCAUGCACCAUAA